CACAGUAAAAUCCCAUAAGAACUGUCAGACUGUGCGUGAAGCAUUUACCUUCGUAGUCGCGAAUGUUUUGAGGGUUUUCUGCUGUUUUUCUGUAGUUCUUUGAGUUUUUCGGUUUUACGUUAAAAGAUUAUUGAAAUAUGGACAACAAAAUUAUCAUUCGAGGGUAUCCGGACAUCUGUCGAAUAUGUCUUGUUGAAAGAAGUGAAGCUGAAUCAUUCACCUCGUUGAACAACAAAUUACAGGGAGGCUCUAGUUAUUGGAAAGCUCUUUCGGACCUUUGUGGUUCUUUGAACUGCGACGAGGAAUUUGGCGAGAAUGCCAGUAGCGAUUGCCAAGCUCAUAACAUUUGCAGUAACUGUACACAGCAAAUUGAUGUCUUACAAGCCUUUAGGUUGGAAACUAUUUCGAAUCAGCUGUUUUUGAAGGCCUGGAUCGCUUAUGAAAGUCGAGCGAAUGCUGAUCCAUUGAUGGAUCUGUUCCACAAUCAAACGAGAUAUCAUAAUUCAAUUCGCAAAACUCUUCGUCGCCUUGGUGUGCUUGAGAAUGAUGACACAGCCCUCACUAGCUUGAUUAACGAUUCAAAGAAGGUUGAUAGCAGCGAUCUACUAAUUAAGUUGGAAGUGGAGACUGAAUCGGUGGAAAUAAUCGACAUAUUACCCGAUUCUCUAUAUGUUAGGAACGACGAUAACAAUGAUCAUGAAAAUAAACAACUGCAAACGAGUGACGGAUCGGCCACAGGCUCCACUCAUAAUGCAAAGAUUGGGGAUAUCGAACAUCCGAAAAGACAAGAAAGUAAUAUCGGACGAUCAAUCGACGGUGUUCGCACGCGACCAUGUUAUCCUGCUAACUGCGAACCGAUAUCGUUAGGCCGAGCAGAUGAACACAGCACACAGAAGUUUGAAAGCACCGAUCUACUUAUAAAGAUGGAAGUGAAGACUGAAUCGGAAGAAACAAUAGACCCAUUUGCCGAUUCUCUAUAUGUUAGGAACGACGAUAACAAUGACAAUGAAAAUAAACAACAACUGCAAUCGAGUGACGAUGAGCAUGACGGAUCGGCCACAGGCUCCACCCAUAAUGCAAAGAUUGGGGAUACCGAACACCCGAAAAGACGAAAAAGAAAUAUCGAUCGAUCGAUCGACAGUGUUCGAACGCGACCAUGUUAUCUUGCUAACUGCGAGCCGAUACCGUUAGGCCGAGCAGAGCAACAUGCUCGCGAGAAACACCGAGUCUAUUGCAAGCUUUGCGGAAAGGUGUACCAAGCCUACAUACAAGCCGUUCGCCAUUUGGCAACCCACAAGAGCGACGAGGACCGCAUCCUGUGUGAGGUGUGUGAGAAACCAUUUUGGCGAGAGUUGGAUCUGAAGUUGCAUAGACGGGAUUUCCACGGGAUAGACGUUGCCAAUCACGAGUGUCCUUGCUGUGGGGAAAGGUUUAAAAGGAAAGCCGAUAUGUUAAAACAUCGCGACAUCCAUACCGGGUGCAAAUUCUGCAGCACGCAGUGCAUUUCGUAUCGGGGAAUGAUGAAACACGCGAGAAAGCAUCAUCGAAGCGAAUUAAUUCCGUGCAAUUCGUGCCAGACCAGAUUUCUUAGUACCACAGAGUUAUCUGCGCAUGAAACGAUGCAUGCAGAUGGACGAGUGGAGAAUUGUGUUCAGUUCCCGUUGAAGAGCUGGACCGCAGCCCAUUGCCAAUCGUGUGAGAGAGUUUUUUUCAGUGUUGAAUACUUGCAACGUCACAUGGAGAACAAUCACAAGCAAGGGUUAGCUAAGGAACCGAUCAGACGGAAGAUUUACUCAAAACGUUCUAAAGAAGCGUUAGAUCUGUUGGAAUACAAGUUCAAGUGCAGCGAUUGCUCUGCUUUAUUCCGUUUAAAGUCGUCGCUUAGCAGUCAUUGGAAGAAAAAUCAUAGCGGAUUGAAGUUCAUUUGCGAGCACUGCGGCAUUAGUUUCAAAUCCAAACACGAUAUGCUGAUUCACGAAUUAUAUUUGCACAGCACAGAAAGACCGUUUGCUUGCGAUUUAUGUGAGAAGCGCUUCCACAGGAAGUACGAUCUUGCGAACCAUCGCAGAAGCCACACCAACGAGAAGCCAUACAAGUGCUGCCACGAGGGUUGUGACAAAGCUUACAAAACAAGGCCGGGCGUAACCAUACAUUACCGUAACCAACAUUCAGGUGAGAAACUGUACAAAUGUUCCUAUGGUGGUUGCGACAAAUCGUACGCUUGCAGUCAAUUACUGAAGGUCCACGUUCGGAAGCACACGCUUGAGAAGCCGUUUAAAUGUUAUUAUUGUGAGUUGCAUUUUCAUUCAGCCAGCCAUCGCAGCAUACAUUGUAGCAGACGCCACGUUGGAUUACCCUCUGGAAGAGAGUGGGGGAAGCUGAACAAGCAUCCGAAAAGGAGCGAGGAUGUAGAGUCGACCGGUACUGAGAACUCGAAUACUGCUAAGCAAAAUGUUACAACAGUUAAAGCUGAAAUUAAGGCGUAAUGAUCACGAAUAGAAGACAAUGUGUAUUUCGACACAGGUGCGGGAUAACAAUGUGUUGAAGCUUGUGUACAGUUAUUGUUUGUUUUUAUUGUGACACUGAAUAAAGUCAUCUACUUAACCUUGUA